UGACAACUCGCUCUAUCGGUCGUCCGGCACGCCAGCAUGGACAACCAGAUCGUCAUCAGCUCGUCGUCGUCAUCUGGACCUGUCGACCCUGACAAGCCGUCGCCGCUCCUGAGCCUGCCCGACGAGCUCCUCGACAUCAUCUGUGGCAAGGUCCACGUCGCCAAACUGUCGCCGAUCUGCCGCCGCCUGUACCCGUUCCAGCAGAAGCGCCUGUACGAGCGGAUCACGAUUCGCUCGUACCCGGCUCUCGCAAGUCUCUGCGCGACGGUGCACAACUCGGACUUCAUCGGAACCCUCGUCAUCAGCCUCCAACUUGGCUUCGUCUCCUGGGCGGCGCCCAACAUGACGGCCACCGACGGCCGGUUGUGCCAGACGGUCUCGUCGGACGAGUUCUACGACCUCAUCCGGCGUCUCUCGUCCCUGCGCACCUUCACGGUCAAAGACAUCGACACGGACCUCCUCGACGUCUUCCUGUGGAAUACCGAGGCCCCCCUCGACCUCCCUCGCUUGGACCGCCUGUCGUUCUCGACCGAGCGGGUCGGCGGUCUCGACCAGGGCGACUGGGUCCGCAACCUCGCCCGAUCUCCACGGCUCACGAGCCUCGAGAUCAAGCUGCACGCUCAAAACUCGCCCCUGCCGUCGAUGCCGUCGAUGCCGUCGCCGCUCCCGCAGCUUGCGAGCCUCCGGGUCCUCGAGCUCGCCGGAGCAGACCUCGGCGGCUGGGUCGGUCCUGCACUCGCCGUCAUCGCGCCGCACGUCGUCGACUUGCGCGUGCGCGAACACAGGGCGCCGCCGGCGUACGAGCGCAUCCUGCGCCAGGCGCCAACGGGCCUGCGUCGCCUCACCCUGUGCUCGCCGCUCGCCAAUGUUUCGGCCGCUCGACCGGGCGUCCUCCUCGACCAGGUCCUGCCGCGGUUCGGCCGUCUUCAGCACCUCACCCUGAGCCAGCACUCGUUCACGCCGUCGCACCUCGCGCCCUACCUCGCCUCCCUCGCCUCCCUUCGCGUCCUCGGCUUCGGCUGGGCGUCGAGCCCGACCGACGACCUCCUCCUCGACCUCCUCAAGGGCCCGCACCGCCUGCAGCACCUGCGCGGCCUCGAGCUCAACCACGUCGAGGGCAUCCGAGGCCCGAGCAUCAACGAGAGCGCGCCCGUCCCGCUCGACGCCGAGACGGCCGUCAAGCAGUUCGAGUUUGCGUGGUCCGCGCCGGUCUGGCCCGUCGGGUGCACCGAGGACGGGCUCGAGGCGGCACUCGCUGCGGCGAGCGACGCCGGCGUCGAGGUCACGGGUUCGGCGGUGGGAGCUGUCGGGUGGGACGAGGCGUACCAGCAGGAGCGCCACAAGCGCCAGCGGGUGUGGCUGCGUCACGGGCGAGACGUCAUCCUCAUCUACCAGGUGACGAGCGGAUACUAG